UUGACAGAUAUGAGCAUACAUUUGUUUAUUUUUCUUCCCGGCAAUUUGCGCUCGCAGUUGCAAACUCGUUAUGUGACGGUGGGAAAACAUUUGCCGUGGCACACGAACAGCAUUUUCUUUCCACAGACACCUGUUAGAAAGUAGUGGGUGAAAGUACACUAAGAGCCAAGAUACAAAAAACAGUGAGUCCCAGAUUGGAAUACACAAUCAACGGCCACGAGCAACCACAGCAGUGCGCUGAAAACCUUUUAUGGCAAUUAAGUUCAACGCUCGGAAAAGUUCCUUCUGAACCAGCAGUCAGGAUAUUCCUGUAAACAUACGACCAUGUCACACGUUGUAAUUGGUGGCGGCACCGGCUUCAUUGGCCGCCGGCUGGUAAAGACGCUGCUCGCUGAAGGUCACGAGGUGACGACGAUUUCGCGCAUGCCGGGCCCGAAGCACAUCAGCUGGCACGAGCUGGAGAAGGAGGGCCUGCCGAGCGGUACGACGGCCGUCGUGAACCUGGCCGGCCAGAAUGUGCUCGAUCCUACCCGCCGGUGGACGCCCGGCUUCAAGCAGAACGUGUGGAACUCGCGCAUCAACACGACGGCGGCCUGCGCGCGGGCGAUCGAGCGCGCCACGGUCAAGCCGGCCGUGUUCGUCAACAUCUCCGGCGUCAGCCACUACGCGCCGGGCAGCCAGAAGCACACCGAGCUGUCCAAGGUGUCCGACUACGACUUCAUGUCCCGGCUGUGCAUCGAGUGGGAGCGGGCCGCCACGCUGUCGGACAACUCGAUCUGCCGCGUGGUGCGCGUACGAAGCGGCGUCGUGCUUGGACGGGAGGGCGGCAUGAUCCAGUCGCUGAUACUGCCGUUCUGGUUCGGGCUCGGCGGCCCGGUCGGCGACGGCAAGCACGAUCUGCCCUGGAUACACGCGGACGACCUGUGCGGGCUGAUACGGUUCGCGAUCGAGCGGCCGGAGGUAAGCGGGGUGCUGAACGGGGUCGCCCCGGAGCUGGCCACCAAUGCGGACUUUACCAAGGCGUUCGCGGCCGCCCUGGUCCGGCCCGCCUUCUUUCCCAUGCCGCUGUUUGCGCUGAAUCUCGUGUUCGCCGCGGAGCGGGCGGUGCUGCUGACGAACGGCGCGAAGGUGGUACCGCAGCGUGUGCUGGAGUACGGGUUCCAGUAUCGGUAUCCGGACCUGCAGUCCGCCUGCAAGGAGGUGGCACACUUGUUCUAAGCCCAAGCACGAUCUCGCCCGCGCAGCCCAAACGCAGCUCUAAACGCAGUCUUGGUUAGUUCCACUGCGACAUGAUGAAAGUAGGCGGUGGGUGUAUGUAAUUAAGUCAGUCAUACUCUAAUGCACAUUAGUUUGUACGUUAUUUUUUUUGAAAUUAUAAAUAUUUUCAAUCUAAAAACAAA